UUGUUUCUAUUUCCAAGUUUAUUCAAACAAACACACAUCGCUCGUCUCCUCAUCGCUUCUCGCUGAAACCAACUUCUCCAUAGUCUCCGAAAAGAACCCUAAAAUGGAUGGGCAUGAUUCUGAGGAUUCUUCUAAGCAGAGCACUGCUGAUAUGACUGCUUUUGUCCAAAAUCUUCUGCAGCAGAUGCAAACCAGGUUCCAGACAAUGUCCGACUCCAUCAUCACAAAGAUCGAUGACAUGGGAGGCAGAAUCAAUGAGCUUGAGCAAAGCAUCAAUGAUCUAAGAGCCGAGAUCGGAGUAGAAGGCACUCCUCCUCCUGCGGCCUCCAAAUCAGGCGACGAAUCGAAACCACCGGCUGGUUCCACUUGAAAAUCUAAGGUCCUGUUCCUUUUUGGUUAAGGAUGCUGAAAAACCUAUGAAAUUUGUUAAGUGCAGUAUUACUUUUUUUAAAAAGAAAACAAAAAAAAAAAACCCGUUUCAAAAGACAUGUAUAUGUUGUUGAUGAGUUCAUCAGAUAGAUUGAUGAUGUGGUGGUACAAUACAUUAUUCUGGAUUUAUGAUUUCAUUUCUAUGCUGGUUCUGAGAUAACUGACGAGACUACCGCUUGAAGGAUUGGCUAACCAAGUACUCUAUCUUGCUUUCUCAUUGUUCUAUACAGUUAAACUAAUUUGAAUUAAUUUAAA